AUGAGAGCUCUCGCCGCCGACGUCCUCAGGACGAGCCCCUCCCCAGCGGUUAAGCUUCGUCUUCGUCCCCACCAUCGUCCUCUUCCUUCGUUCCUUGGUUGCCCCUGGAGAUGGGGGAGCGUCACCUCCAGAAUCCCCAUCCUCGCCGCCGGUUCUUCCCCCUCCUCCACAGCGUCAUCUGGCUCGCCGGGGCUGUACUCCGCCGAGACUUUCGAGCUCACCGCCGCUAACGUGGAUCUGGUCCUCGAGGACGUCAGGCCCUACCUCAUCGCGGACGGGGGUAACGUCGAGGUCGUCUCGGUGGUGGACGGGGUCAUCUCCCUGAAGCUCCAAGGUUGGGAAAUUCAUCUCCUCCAGCCCCCAUGUUUUUUCUUCGUUGCUCGUUGCUACUUCCAGGUUUCAUAUUCCUGGUACGGUUCGCAGGUCGGAUUGACGAUUGAUCACCGUCUGCCCUACUAAAGCUCGUAUGAAAUCCAUGGAAAUCAUAUGUUCUUCGCGUCAUUCUUUUUUGAGCAAUAAUUUGGCCCAUGGAAACUGUUCGUGAGCUUCAAUCUGAUUUCCUUUGGCGGUGCCAUCUGCAGCAAGCCUGUAAAACUGCGAAUGUCCCUCCAUUCAAGAGGAUGAAACACAGUCUGGCCAUGAGCACGGCCUUGUGUGGUCCUCCGAAAUGUUUCUAUAAUUAGUUGUCGCCUUUCCUCAGAUCAUCAAAUACUAGCUAGUAUUCAACAAGUCUUCCCACUUACCCCGAGUUUUCCUAGCAAGAUCUUACAGAAGAUUCUCUAUCCUUGGAAACCUCCGUGAUGCCACAUACAUCUCAGUACAGGAUCUUCUUCUAUCCGACGUCCCCAUGGUUUUCCCUGAAAUACUGAACCUGCAGCAUCGUUGGGACCUCUGUGCCAGGAGGAGUUUGGAGCUCCCUUCCAUCGCUUUCAUCAGCACCAUUGUUCUCUAGCCUGUUGAUUUUCUCCCCUUAUGAAAUACCGAUUUUUCCAUGCAUCCUCUGCGGUGACGGUGGCAGACUCGAGUUUCCCGUUGAGCUUACAGUCCAAGGAUAAAUCAAAUCGGUAUCAUUAGAAACCGUUGUUCAUUGCUUUUAAGAUCUUCUCCCAUCCACAGAGCCUCUGGAAUGGAGCCUCUGUUGAACUGAUUGAUGCUCCUCGGAGCAGGAAAAUCGUGCCCCUUGAGUUGACUUUUUUCCUUUCUGUCCGUGGGGAUAUUGUGGAUAAUCAAAUCGGUCUCAUUAGAAAAAGCUGAGUGAUCCUCACUCAUCAUCAGAGCUGCAUCCUAUGUUGUUGGAUGUAUUCUCCUUUCUUCUCGGGAUGAGUCAAAAUUGUAUUUUUUUCCAAUCUGGAUACACUUUCCUCGGCCUUUUCUCCCUCCGCUGCCAUGGGUAGCUCUCAUUCCUAGUUUGUUCAGGUGUUUCUAGAUGAUCACAGAGUUCACGUCAUCCACAGAAGCCCACUGUCUGCUUAGCUGGUUUGACUUUGUGGAAACAUUGAUUGCGUAAUUCAGGGACAUCCGCUGGUUUAAGUGAGAUCAUAAUAUCUCCAAUCGAGUUCAGGAGGUACCCAGAUGCCACCUGGAGAUAUUUUUUUUGUUUCUGGGUUUGUUUGUAGAAGGCGGAUGGCGCUGAUUUAGAAGUGGGUUGUUGAUUAAAUGUAGUAUUUUGACUUCCCACAACUUGGAGAGUUGACAAUUUGGGCGUCGGUUUGACUUCACAGGAGCAUGCGGGAGCUGCCCGAGUUCGACGACGACCAUGACGAUGGGCAUCGAGAGAGUCUUGAAAGAGAAAUUCGGGGACGCGGUGAAAGAGAUUCGCCAAGCUCCCGAUGAACAGCAGGCUGAGACAACAGUUGAGGUCAGCCCCGUUGACUUUCUGCUCAUUCCUCGUCCUCGUCCUCAUCUUCUGAUUAAAACUAGAAAUGGAUGCGCUGCGCCUUUGUGGGAUGAGUCUGUGAUGCCGGCUUUGCCUUGACUGUCCAUGCUGUAGGCCGUCAACAAUCAUCUGGACAUUCUGAGACCGGCCAUCAAGAACUACGGCGGGAGCGUGGAAGUCAUAUCCGUGGAUGGCGCGGAGUGCCACGUCAGAUACGUGGGCCCCGAAAGUAUCGGCACCGGCAUCAAGGCGGCGAUCAAGGAGAGGUUUCCUGAUAUCCUCAAUGUUGUGUUCUCGGGUUAG